AUGAUUUUAAGGGAAGGUUUUCCAAUUGACGAUAAUUCUACUGAAUUAAAGACUCUUGUAGAAAACCUAUUAUUUCCAAUUCUUGAGAAAGAAACUAAUAUACAAAUUUUAGAUUUAGUUACUACAGAAGUAUUUCCAAAAGUAAUCUCUAAAUGCAUUGCUUCAAAUGGUAAAUCAAUUGGUAACAGGAGGGACAAUAGUUGGUAUGAUUCAAUUAUUGUUAGACCAUUACUGCAAAUAUUUUUCAAAAACUCACAAAAUUUUGCUCUAUUACAGUCUCUAUGUAGCGUUUUAAAAGUUACAAGAACUUGUAGUCAUUUUCCAUAUUUAGGGAAAGAUUUAGUCGGUUUAUUCCUAGGAUAUAUUCAAAGAGAUGAAUCCAACAGUACAAAUUUAAAUAGGAUGUGGAAUGACUGGGAAAUCUUGACCUCAUUGAUAACGAUAUCGUAUAGUCGUAAGAACCAUAAGAUAUCAGCAGAUGUAUUAGAAGGUGUUAUUGAAUUAACCAAUAAAAAAGAUAACUUACAAAACCAUGAAAAGGAAUUACUCAUCGAAACUAUUAGUCAUUCAGCCAGUCAUACUUUAUCAUUAUGUUUCCAUAAAUUAUCAAUUAAUCAGUUGAUGGUCAGUACUGAAAUAUGGUAUAAAUUUUCAGAUUUUGUUGAAGAAAUGUUUAAUUCUAAAAUUAUCGAAGGUUUAAAUUGCAUAUUAGAUGAUAGUCAAAUAUUAUUUGAUGAUAUUUUACCACUUUUAAGUAUUACCAAUAAUUUAUCACCUUAUUUUGCUAUUGAUGUGUUUAAUGAAACUGACCAAAAUACAAAAGAUGAUACUCAAGAAGUCAAAGAGUUAACAAAAGAUGCUAGUAAGGAAGAUGCUAAGAAAGCAGUUAAUUGGCAAACAAAGAAGUUAAGUUCCAAAUGUAUUGGAAAUUUGCUUAUAACUCUUUAUCGAAUAUUUUUAGAGGUUGUCAAAAAAUUACAAAUGGAAGUAGAAUCUACUAUUCUGUCAUUUGACUCUGCACCAUCGAAUAGAAAUUUAAGUAAUACAAAUGAAGAAGAAGAUGCUGAUCAACAAAUAUAUCUAGAUGAUCUUGAAAUGGAAGAAAGUGAUGAAGGUGAAAUGUUAUUUGAAGAUAAUAUUGAAGAUGCAAAUAUUUCGAUCUCCUUAGAAUAUAAUUAUCCGAUAUUAUGUAAUAUUUUGAAAUUAAUUGUUGAAAUUCUUCAACAUAUUGAUAAUUCUGAAUUAAAUCCAUACUUCAUAAAAUCGAAUCAAGAAUUAUGUAAAUUAUUUGAAUUUGAAGGAAUUCUCCAGAAUUCUACGUUGAACGUUAAUCUUUUAAAUGAAUUAGAAAGAAGUGAAGAAAUGAUCCCCACUUUAAAGCAAAUUGAAUCCACUACUGAUAUUCCAUUAGAACUAAUACAGAAUAUGGAUAAAGAUUCCUUAAUGGAACAUAAAUUUGCAGUAUUAAAAUUCAUUAAACAACAGUUAGAACAGCCUGAAGUUACAUUGGAUAAUAUUCAAAUAGGUCUUACCACUAUAGAGCAACUCAUUUCAGCAGUUUCAUACAGUGAUAUCCAUGUGGUAUUGGGUCAAUGGCUUCUUCCAUUAUUAAAAGUCAAUAAAACAUUUGUAAACGUUUUAAAAGUUGGUAAUAUGAAACAAUCUAUCGAUGAGGGAGUAUCAGUAAGAACAAUGGCAUACACCAUUUUAUUACAAUUGAAUUUAGAUUACCAGACCUCCUGUAAAACCCUUAAAAUAGUUAUUAAUCAAGGUAUUAAGGACUCUGACAACAUCAUCAAUGAAACUUCUUUAAAAAUAUUAAAUAAUUUACUUUCCAAAUAUUAUUUGGAAAUCGAAGGUUUAAAUAAAGAAUGGUAUAACGACAUACUAUUGGAACGAGUCAAAUAUAGAGUAGCCAAAUGGCAUGAAUCUUUGAAAAACAGAGAUAAUAUGUUAAAAGAUAGUAGUUUGGCUCAUCGGAUCACACCUCAACAAAUGCAAGAAUGGAAAUUGACUGAUGAAAAGAUGCACAAGUUUGUAGAUAUAUUUGAGGUUGAAUAUCCCAGAAUCGAAUAG